UGAUAUCCGGGCCCGCGGCGCUAAGCGCGGCGGCGGCGGCACUGCUGGCCGCCUUGCUCCUGCUGUGGCUUGAGGACGCGGGGCCGGAGGCCGGCUCCAGCAUGGCUGAGACUGAGGCGCUGCCGAAGCUUCGGGAAGACUUCAGGAUGCAGAAUAAAUCUGUCUUUAUUCUGGGGGCCAGCGGGGAAACCGGCAAAGUGCUCUUAAAAGAAAUCUUGGAACAGAACCUGUUUUCCAAAGUCUCGCUCAUUGGCCGGAGAAAGCUCACCUUCGAUGAGGAAGCUUAUAAAAAUGUGAAUCAAGAAGUGGUGGACUUUGAAAAGUUGGAUGACUACGCUUCUGCCUUUCAAGGUCAUGAUGUUGGAUUCUGUUGCCUGGGUACCACCAGAAAAAAAGCCGGGGCGGAAGGAUUUGUUCGUGUCGAUCGAGAUUAUGUCCUCAAGUCUGCGGAGCUGGCAAAAGCUGGAGGCUGCAAACAUUUUAACUUGCUGUCCUCUAAAGGAGCUGAUAAGUCGAGCAAUUUUUUAUAUCUGCAAGUUAAGGGAGAAGUGGAAGCUAGGGUUGAAGAAUUACAAUUCGAACGUUACUCUGUGUUUAGGCCUGGAGUUCUCUUGUGUGAUAGGCAAGAAUCUCGUCCCGGUGAAUGGUUGGUUAGGAGGUUCUUUGGCUCCUUACCAGAAUCUUGGGCCAGUGGGUACUCUGUGCCGGUGGCGACUGUGGUUAGGGCAAUGCUGAACAACGCAGUGAACCCAAGUGGCAAGAAGAAGGAACUGCUGGAUAAUAACGCCAUCCAUGACCUGGGAAAAGCCGAUGACUCUCUCAAGCCGUGACCAUGCUGGGGAAAUGCUUCCCUCUGUAAAAUGCAACACUCACCACCUAAUUGGUACUCUCGGUGUCUAAAAGAAGUCAGUGUGUCUUAACUGCGGUUUCACUAUUCUCAGCUGCCAGAUCCAAUAAAAAAAUUAUUGUGUUCUGCAUCAGCAGUGCAGAGCCUGCUUGUCCGUAUAUGUACGUCACCCAGGGAGCUUUUCAAAAUUAGAUUCACAGGCUGUGCCUCAACCUCUGAAUCAGAAUCUUCAGGGUGUGAGCACAGCGAUCUGUUGAUUUGUUUUAGCUUCCCCUGGUGGUUCUGGUGCCACUGGUGGGGAGGCCUGCUUUGAAAGGCUUGUCUGCCGUCAGAGCAGCAGUACAGACCUUUCAUAUUUUGCAGGGGAGUUCUGUUCCAAAAUUGUCAUAUUUGUGUUUCUUAGUUACCCGGUGCUGACUGCUGUAUUUGUGUAAAGGAACAUUGUGCCUUACUACUUCUUUAAAAUAUGUAAUAAAAGUUAUUACAUAA